AUGUCCGUCGUCGGUCUUUUGGGUGUCAACAUCCUGAACAACCCCGCCAAGUUCACGGACAAGUACGAAUUCGAGAUCACGUUUGAGUGCCACGAGCAGCUCGAGAAAGAUCUCGAAUGGAAGUUGACCUACGUCGGGUCUGCUACUUCUGACCAGUACGACCAAGAACUCGACUCUCUUCUCGUCGGUCCCAUCCCUGUCGGCGUCAACAAGUUCAUUUUUGAGGCCGACGCGCCCAACACGUCUCGUAUCCCCGAGACUGACAUUUUGGGCGUUACUGUGGUCCUUUUGACCUGUGCCUACGAUGGUCGUGAAUUCAUCCGUGUCGGCUACUAUGUCAACAACGAGUACGACUCCCAGGAGCUGAUCGAUGAGCCCCCUGCCAAGCCUCUCGUCGAUCGCGUCAGGCGCAACGUUCUGGCCGAGAAACCUCGUGUAACCCGCUUCGCCAUCAAGUGGGACUCCGAGGCAUCUGCGCCCGCCGAAUUCCCUCCUGAGCAGCCCGAGGCCGAUCUCGUCGCCGACGGUGAUCAGUACGGCGCUGAGGAAGCCGAGGAGGAGGCUGCUGAGGAGGCCGCUGAGGCCGACAUGGACAAGGAGAAGGCCCAGCCUAGUGAGGACUCUGAGAUGGGAGGCGUCGAGACGGAGCAGAACGCCAACGAGGACUCCUCCGAUGAGGGCAGUGUGGACCUGGAAGACGAGAGUGAGGAUGACAUUGAGGAGGAAGACGAAGCCGAUGGCGCUGCUGGCGCUGCUGGCCAUGCUGGUGACGACGCCAUGGAGGUCGACGCCACCGACAGCAAGCCUGCUGACAGCACCGCAGGCCCCAAGCCUGUCAGCGUGGCUUCCUAG